AUGGCACUGAAUGUUUUGAGGCGCACAUCUAAAUUUGGUCGAUUAUUAGGCUUCACUUCACCAGCAGUGAAAAAUAAUAUGAGAAUACUCUCAGUGGGACAACCUGCAUUAAGUAAAAAAGAAGUCGAAGUAACUUUUAUUAAAGCCAAUGGAGACGAAAUUAAGGCCAAAGGAAAAGUAGGCGAUUCCCUAUUGGAUGUAGUCGUAAACAAUAAUCUAGAUUUAGAUGGCUUUGGUGCAUGUGAAGGAACUUUAACUUGUUCGACUUGCCAUCUAAUCCUCUCCCCUGAAAACUACAAUUCACUACCCAAUAAACCGUCUGAAGAAGAACUAGACAUGUUGGAUUUAGCUUACGAUUUAUGCGAUACUUCUCGUUUGGGCUGUCAAAUUAUUCUCGAAGAUAAUUUGGAUGGAUUAAAAGUGAAAGUACCUGCAACUGUUAACGAUGCUAGGAGCUAA